AGAAGAGGAGGAGCUGGUGUUACAUUUCCCUAAAUCUGCAUGAGAACUGGUUAAGUUUACUGUUCGUGAUGAACACUGGCACAAACAGUCCACAGAGCAGCAGCAUGAUGGAAGGGAUCUUCUUUGGUGUCUUGUGUCUCUCAGGGUGCCUCACCUUCUCCACAUGCCUCCUCCAUCAGUACCACUUUGUGUCUGAUGCAAUGAAUUGGACUGAAGCUCAGAGCUACUGCAGAGGGAGGUACACAGACCUGGCCACCAUUGAAAACACUGAAGAAUUGAAGAAACUUAACGACACAGUUUCUGCUGCUGGUUACAGCUCUAAGGUUUGGAUUGGCCUGUACAGUCAGAUUGACUGGAAGUGGUCAGAUGGGUUCACAGGGAGUGGAGCUGAAUAUAGGAACUGGGAUGAGUCUGAUCAGGAUCCAGACUAUAUUCAAGCCAAUCAGCUCUGUGUGGUCAAGUGGGGAAAUGGAAGAUGGAUUGAUUAUUACUGCCAUGAAGAGAUUGCAUUUGUCUGCUACAAUGGAACAUUAGAGGAUUCUGACUUUGUGCUAGUGAACACAACAAAGAAUUGGACUGAGGCUCAGAGGCACUGCAGAGAACACUACACAGAUCUGGCCACUGUGAGGAACGAAGCUGACAACGACAAGAUACAUAACUUGACGCAACAUAAUCAAUGGGCAUGGAUUGGUUUGCACAGAGAUCCUCAGAUCUACUGGUCUGACGGGAGUGGCUACUCAUUCAGCUCCUGGUAUCAGGGUCAGCACAGACUUGGCUCGAAGAAAGUCGUAUGUGCUGUUGCAGAUUUGAAGAAUGGAGGAAACUGGAGGUUAUUGUUCUGUGAACAAAGAUUUCCAUUUGUCUGCUACAGCGUCCCAAAUGUUGAGACGUUGGUGAAGGUGAGGGUGAAGCUGCAGGACUCCUCUGUGAACCUGAAUGACCGUGCUGUGAGAGAACAGAUUCUGAAGAAGGCAAGUCUCCAAAAUCCACCCUGA